AUGGUGAUUUUGAAAGGAAAUGGUCGAGCAUUUAGUUCAGGUGGUGAUAUCAAAUUUCUUGCUAACGCUGUAGAAACACCAUCCAGAAGGCCCGAAUUAGAUCAUUUUGUGGACACUUUACAUAACAUGCUUCAUUUUGCUGGAACUAUGCAAACACCACUCGUUUCUUUCAUGAACGGAAUUACUUUUGGCACAGGAUGCGGUCUUGGUGUUCUAUCUCAGUUCAAUGUCGCUACCGAAAAUACUAAAAUGGCUAUGCCCGAAACUAGAUUUGGCCAUUUCUGUGACGCUGGCUCUAAUUUCUUCUUGUCUCGCUUGAAUGGUCAUAUGGGCAGAUAUAUUGCUUUGACAUCACGCACACUGGUCGCAGAAGAUACAUUAAUGGCUGGUUUAGCUUCUCAUUUCGUACCCUCUCACCAAUUAGAAUCCUUAGAAGAUAGUCUAAUCAACAUGGAAAAUCCCAGUCGUGCCGCGAUCAAUAAGCAAAUCGAAGCGUUUGCUGUCAAGGCGGAUCAUGUUCCCUUUAGCAACACUUUACACGGCCGACAUCGCGAAAUCAUCGACACCUGUUUUAGAUUUGAUACAGUGGGUGAGAUCCUACGCGCUUUGGAAAAGGAGGGUUCAAAAUUUUCUUUAGACGCCAUCGAUCAAAUAUGCGAUGGAUCUCCCUUGGCUAUCGCUCUCACGCUAGAACAGUUACGUAGAGCUGCGGGUAUGUCCUUGGCUGAAUGUACCAAAAUGGAAUACAACUCUUGGCAAAUCUCACCUUUCGAACCUGAUUUCUGUGAAGGCAUUGAUGCCAAAAUGGUGAGAAAGCAAACCCCACAAUGGGUACAUCAAACGAAUUCGACCAUCGAUCGUCAAAAAGAUAUUAUCGCCAAGUAUUUUGUAGGCCCUCCUGUCAAAACAUUAAAGUUGGCCUCCAAGGGAGAUUAUUAUACCUCAACACAAGCACGUCCCUAUGGCUUGCCCACUGAAGAAGAAGUAAGACAAACCAUGCUUCUCAACAACUUUAGAUCCGAUGGAGAUAUCAUCUCUUGGUUUGUUAAAAACAGAAACAAUAAGUUUGGCGUAGAACAAGAAGUUGCCGAAAUCAUCAAGAGAGAAUAUAGAUGGCAAGAGAAUGAAGUGGUGGAGGAGUUAAGACAACAAGCUGCCCACUAA